AUAGGUCAUUCACCUUCUUGUUUCAGGCGAAAAUGACGAGCAGCAGCUGCAGAUUUCUCUUCAAAAAUGGCUUUAUUCCAUAUUUGGAAGAAGCCCCAUCAGUAACAACCUUACUUGAAGCCCACCAAGGUGCAUAUACAACAACUAGGACUCACAAUGGUGGCUCACAGCUAUUGUUUUGGGAAAGGCAUAUGAGCAGACUCUCCAACUCUCUAAGAAUUCUUUUAAAUUCCAACCCAGAACUUUUAUUCAAUUCAGAAAGAUGUAGAGUCCCUUUUUCCUUAGUAUCAACAAAACCAACCAUGUGGGAUUCAUUGGUUCAAUCUCUUGUGAAUGAUUCAAUGAGAAAAGCUCUGCCUUUUGUAUUGAAAGAAAGAAGAAGUGGGGAGGAAUUGGCUAUUACUUGUCUUGUCAGUGGAAAUGUUGAUAGUUUGGAGGAAUUUGAGGGUUUAGAUGAGGAAAAGAUUUCUACAGCUUUUGAUGUAUAUGUUCAUGUUGGUUCCUAUGUUCCUCCACUCUUUGGUAUUCGUGAAAAUGCAGCACGUUUGGCAGUUGUUGGUCGUGGUAGGCGUGUAGCAAAUGCCAAAUACUCAGACUGGGUUAGGCAAAGGAAGCAAUUGGAGAAGCUGAGGCCACCUUCUAUCAAUGAGCUCCUGUUGUCAAACAAUGAUGAUCAGAUCUUAGAGGGUUGUUUGACAAAUCUUUUCGUCGUUUGCCGCAAGGAUGUUAACGACGAUUAUCACAAGGCUAGCCAAAGAGACAAUGAAUCUACAGUAUCAAUUGAAUUGCAGACUGCCCCUCUAAGAGAUGGUGUACUUCCAGGAGUUUUACGCCAAGUAAUUAUUGAAAUAUGCUCAAGAAACAAAAUCCCAGUCAGAGAAAUUGCACCUUCAUGGUCAAAGCGUGAAAUGUGGUUGGAAGCAUUCAUUACAAAUAGCUUGAGGCUGUUGCAGCAUGUGGAAGUUAUUCAAGCUCCUAGUUCAUGGGAAUCGCUUGAAGCAAAAUCUUGGAGGGACCUAACAUGGGAGGAGAAGCUAUUUGAGCAUGCUCCUGGAAGGAUAUCUGCACUCAUCCAGAAGGAGAUCAUGGAAAUGGCAAGCGUUGAAGGGUAUCCAGUGGUUCUAUUUAAUGACUGAUAUACCUUUUGGAAUGGUCCCAUCUUCAAAGCACAGCUGGUUUUCCAGUGAUGCAAGGCCUAGUCUUUUGCUUGACUAGCUAAACUGGCAUUCCUUCUAUGUUGUGGUGUCCAAUUAACUUGGCGAUGAAGCGUUGAUUACGCCUGUGAUGAUUUGAUUUGAAUUGAAGUCCGUUCUGCUUUUGGUAUAAGAUGAUUGCUUUUCUGGUGUUUGUAUAUUUGAAACAUAAGUCCGUUCUGCUUUUGGUAUAAGAUGAUUGUUUUUCUGGUGUUUGUA